UGCUCGUGGAAAACAUUCAUUCAUACAAAUCAUUUCCUUUUGUUGAGAAACAGGAAGAGAUAAAAAAAGAACAGUGUCUCGUUGUUCAAAUAUACAGUUAUAAAAACACUGUUUGUUGUCUGUAGAAUUUAAUGUAGAUGUUAUUAACACCCAGUGUAAGGAGUUGUGGUUUUUUAUUUCAUUUCCUUGAUGUUAUCUUUUCAUUGAUUUAUUUUUUCUGUCACUGACUCUGAUCAUCAGAUGUUUGUGUUUCCCACUGCUGCCAUUUUUAAACUGGCGUAGAUUCAUUAUUCACACUAAAAACAUGUUUAAUACCUUAUAUAUUAGAAACACUUUUUCCUUUAAUCAUUUAUUUUGGUUUUUUUUCACCCUAAAGUGACAGUAAUACAAACUGUCAAUAUAAAAACAUUGAUUUGUGAAGUAGUUGUUGAUGCAGUAGCUGUGUGUGUGUGUGUGUGUGUGUGUGUGUGUGUGAGGACUCAGGUUGACCUGCGAUGACCUCAGCUUCAUUUUGCCCCCGUGUGGUUCAUUUACCGGAGGCCGUUUUCAGUAAACCUCCCCACACACAGCUGUAGGCAAAGAAAAACAUCUUCAUGUUUGUAGGUUUGUUUACAGGAGGACAAGUGAAGGACACGAGGACACAGUGUCUCCAUCACAGAAAAAAGAAAAUCAAAAAGCUUAUAUAAUAUGUACUGUGUUCAUUGUAAUUUUUUAUUUGUAUUUGUGGUUCUGGAGUCACAGGUCGCUGACCUCUGACCUAAGACUUGGUGGUUACUUUAUUUAACAUCAUAUAUAGAUCAGUGUUGAACUCUAAUCCUGUUUCUGGCUCAUAAAAUUCACAUUUUACUCUCCAUUUGUUUUCAUCACGGCUUUAAACGUGUUUAAUCGAGUGGAAAGUGAAAAAACAUUCCACUCGUCGCUGCCUGGUCACUGGUUCAAGAGUCAUUUCAUACCUAAUCCAACAACAAUGUGAUUUUGGCCAAACUCCCGGACGAUACACGUCAACUUCGGUUACACUGUUUCGUUUUUCCACGGAACUUCGUCCGGUAACGCCUCGGUGAACUCGGAGCUCCGGUGUGUCUGUGGACCGGAAACGACGUGUGUGUUGUUUGUUUAUUUAUUUAUUUAUUUAUUCCAUCUUUUCUCUCCUCUUCUUUUUUUGAAGUGCCAGAUUUCGCAACCGUGUCAUACUUCCUUUUUGCGGGCGCGGCCUGACGUGACGGCGCCCACUUUAGGACUAACUCUGUCAAGUUAGAACGAAACAGCUCACUUCCGGUUUUUGUAUCGUCAAAUUAAGUCAUACAGUCUUCGUUUCAUUAAACCGCCGUAGACACAGGUUAGACUUAAUUGUUUUAAUAAUGGGCUUCAAAAUAUUCAUUUUAUUUAUUACAUCAUAAACUUACUACAUAAAACCUGUGGCGACACUGUUCAGUUUAUGUUUCUACUUUGUCACUUUUUUUAAUUCUAAAAGUUUAAAAAAUAAGAAAAUUAUGUUUAAACGUGUGAUUUGUUGUUUAUAUAUUUGAUUUGUUGUAAGAGAGUAAAUAAAGACACACUGGAAGCAUUCAGAAAUAAAGUUAAUUAUUUUGUAGUAGCCUUGAUGAGCUGUUGUAUAUAAAAUUUUAAACCGUUUUAUAUGAUUUGACAUAUGAAAUGGUUUUUAAAAAAACCCAGAAACGAAACGUUUCCUCCACUCGUGUUCAUAUCAACUAUUACGCGGCUUUUAUUUUGAAGGCGACAGUGAUAUCCCGUUUUCCAGCCACAGUAACUGACGCCGUCGAGGAUGGUUCAGUGUCAGUCAGUGUAAGUGUAUGUCAGUGACACUCCAGCUGUGUCAGGUGAGUGAGUGGACCGACUGUGGGGACGUCACGGACCGGACUUUUACAGCCACCGGAAGAACUCAGCACCGUGGACGGUGCGUGCUCCAGCUGGCGAUCCAGAAUGUUCUACUCCAGAGAAGUGUCUCACAGGUAGCGUUCAACCACGGUGGGCUGUGACGUGGAGAUGGUCACCUGGGCUGCUUUGCUGACAGUAUGCAUGUUGAUACGAACACACGUGGCCCGGGGGCAGCACGCGUGUCCGACCGCUCCUCGCCGGCCGGUGGAUUUCACCGUCAGAUACUCCCUGCCUUACUUCCAGUCAGAGAAACCCGUGCAGAACCUGGUGGUUCACUGGGACCAGCACCAACCGGAGGUGUAUGUUGGCAGUCAGAAUGUGAUCGAGGCGGUGAACUAUUCUUUGGACAAGAAAUGGGAAGUAAGAACCGGACCCGUCGACAGCCCGGACUGCGAGACCUGCUGGGUGUGUAACGUUGACACGGAUCCCGAGGAUCUGCUGGACACGGACAACGAGGUCCUGCUCUUGGAUCCCGCUGAAUAUCUUCUGCCGUACCUGUACAUCUGCGGCAGCACUCAACACGGCAUCUGUCACUUCGUGGACGUUACGGCUGAGAAACCUGAGCCUCAGUGUUUAUUUAAGAAGGAGCAGAACUCGGCCACCGACUGUCCAGACUGUCUGGCCAGUCCGUCCGGCACCGAGGCCAUCAUCGUGGAGCAGGGAGCCACCUCCUUGUUUUUUGUUGCAGCGUCUGUGGAUGAAACUGUGGCGCAGAAGUAUCCCAGGAGGUCCAUCUCGGUAAUGAGGCCACUUUCCACCGAAGAUGGCUUCCACAUGGUCACUAAUGGGCUGACGGUGCUGCCCGCGCUGCAGAACUCCUACAGGAUUAAUUACAUCUACAGCUUUUCCACCAAAGACUACGUCUACUUCCUGUCGCUGCAGAGAGAAGAUCCGUUCAGGAGCAACUCGGCCUUCCAGACCCGCCUGGGCCGACUGCCCGUGUUGAUCCCCGAGGUGUGGAUGUACAGGGAGGUGGUGCUAGAGUGCAAGUUCGAACCCAAGCGCAGGAGGCGGCGGCGGCGGCGGCGAGAGGGUUUCAAAGACAUCGUGUACAACGGGCUGCAGGCGGCGUACUUCGGCCGAGCGGGGACGGACUUGGCCGAGGAGCUGGGGGUCGACGAGAGGGAAGACAUUCUGUACGGAGUGUUUGCAGAAGUGGACAAGAACGGUCGACCCGGGAGGAACUCGGCCGUGUGCGCGUUCCCUAUGAACAAAGUGAACCUGGCCAUCGACAGUGGCGUGGAGGCGUGCUGUCGCUCCGGCAGCGAGCAGCUGUCCAGAGGGUUGUGUCACUUCCAGCUGUGUGAGAGCUGCCCUCAUGAGAGCUCGGAGGGUAACGACACGUGCACGGCCCAGCCCACCCUGGUGUCGCAGCCGUACUACAGGGUGGAUCUGUUCAACAGACAGAUGACAGACGUCCUGUUCACGGCUGUCCUGGUGACCAUCACAGGGAGCCACACCCUGGGCCACUUUGGUACUUCAGAUGGACGAAUACUGCAGGUGAUUCUUACCGUGCAAGAACCUGUGGUUUUUGCGAACUACUCUCUGGGGGAGACGGCGGUGUCGAGGACCGCAGCUGUGUAUCCAGAAGAUUCACUUCUCUUUGUGGUUGAAAAUAAGAUGUUUAGAGUGCCCUCUGCAGGUCCAGGGUGUGCACACUUUAUAACAUGCUCGGCGUGUUUGACAGCACCACGCUUCAUGAGCUGUGGGUGGUGUUCAGGGAUCUGCUCCAGGCAGCAUGAGUGCACUUCACAGUGGAACAAGGACUCUUGUGCACCGAUCAUAACAGAGUUCUUCCCUCAAACGGCCCCUGUGGGUGGUGAGACAGAAGUUACCUUGUGUGGCUGGGAGUUUCAGUCUCCUCUGAGUUCUGCUGUCGUUAGUGGUGAAACCCACACCAUCACAGUGGGUUCUGGGAAUGUGUGCACGAUCCAGCCUAAGAAGAGCAGCAGAGGAGUGUUAGUGUGUAAAAUUCUGGAAAAAAGUCCACAACAGAACCUCAACAUCACACUGGAAGUUCAUGAGAAGAAGGCGGGGGGGGCCUACACCAUCGACGGCGUGGCACGCAGCAACGGAUUCUCCUUCGUGGAACCGAGUAUAACAGAGAUCAGUCCUGACUUUGGGCCACUGUUCGGAGGAACAACGGUAAAUCUGACGGGCCGGUUCCUGAACUCAGGCGUACGGAGAGACGUCUUCUUCGCUAACAACAAGUGUAGCAUUCAGAGCGUGUCUGAAGGGUCUGAAGGGGGCGCUACCCUGUCCUCGAUCAUCUGCCGCACGGCGUCUGCAACAAAAAUAGAGUCGGUUCCUGUGGAAGUCGUUAUCGACGGCUUUCGGGUGACCACCUCCAAGACGUUCUCCUACAGAAAGAACCCGGUGAUAAACACUGUCCAACCAAACUGCAGCUUCAGGAGUGGCUCCAAACUGGUCAUACAAGGUCAAAAUCUUGACUCCGCCCACAAAGUAGUUGUCCAGUACACGCCCAGAAACCCGUUAAAUACGUUGACACAAUCAUUUGGACACGAGUGCAGCGGCAGCAGAAACGCCACACACAUGGAGUGCUGGGCUCCGGCUUUUGAAGAGGAAAAAUCCGACUCUGGAGAGAUUUCCAUUCACAUGGAUGGAAGGAACAAUCUGUGGAAGAAGCGUUUUGACUACUAUCCAGACGCCAACGUCAUUCCCUUUGAAAAUGAUGAAAGGAAAUUACUUCUAAAAACAGGAGAGACCGAAGUUUCUCUGCACCACAGCAAACUGAACACGGUGAGUUCGUGCAUGAAGAUCACCAUGACCAUCGACGGCGUGUACUGUAACGUCCAGGUUCUGUCCAACGAGCUGACCUGCAGGAUCCCUAAAGGACUGGUCAUCCCCAGUGAGGGUUCACCUGUCCAGGUGUUUGUCAACGGGGAGGCGUACGAUGUGGGAACCGUAGCCUAUCACAACAACACCACUGUGAUCGUGGGCAUCGUGCUGGGCAUCAUCGCCGCCCUGGUCCUCGGUGCCGGUCUGGCUCUGGUCGCGAUGUUCCAGCUGAAGAAGAAGAAAACAGCCAUCAUAGAGAACCGCCUGUCCACAUUGUUGUCCCGGAGUCGCAUGUCCUCCGCCAGGGAGUUGUCACCAACAGGUGAUUAUCGACGAGACGUGUCGUAUCAAACAUCCGGUUCGGGGGGAAUGGCCUUCCAGGGGCUGCUGUACACGGCCAGCGCCGAUCAUCUGGCCAUGCCUUUGGUGUCACGAGACAACAUGUCCGUGGUCAGUCUGAGCUCAGAUCUGCUGGAGGAGGUGAAGGACGUGCUGAUCCCUGCUGAGAUGCUCAGGAUUGAGUACGCCCAGAUCAUAGGCAAAGGUCACUUUGGGACAGUUUAUCAUGGACACUUGAUAGACAGCAAAAAGCAGGAGAUCCACUGUGCUGUGAAGUCACUGAACAGGAUCACAGACAUGGGGGAGGUGGACCAGUUCCUCAGAGAAGGCAUCAUCAUGAAGGGUUUCCACCAUCCCAACAUCCUCUCUCUGCUGGGCAUCAUGCUGCCUAAAGAAGGGCUCCCUCUAGUGGUGCUACCGUAUAUGAAGCACGGCGAUGUGCGUCAUUUUAUCCGUUCAGAGAAAAGGAACCCAACAGUGAAAGAUCUGAUUGGGUUUGGACUCCAGGUUGCCCGGGGCAUGGAGUAUUUAGCCCAGAAAAAGUUUGUCCACAGAGACCUGGCUGCUCGGAACUGCAUGCUGGACGAAACCUUCACCGUUAAAGUGGCUGAUUUCGGCAUGGCGAGGGACAUCUACGACAAGGAAUACUACAGCAUCCAGGAUCAGAGACGGGUCAAGCUGCCAGUCAAGUGGAUGGCGAUAGAAAGUCUGCAGACUCAGAAGUUCACGACCAAGUCAGACGUGUGGUCGUACGGCAUCUUACUGUGGGAGCUGUUAACCAGAGGAGCCAGUCCGUAUCCGGAGGUCGACCCGUAUGACAUCACUCACUACCUGUUGAAGGGCCGUCGCCUCCCGCAGCCCCAGUUUUGUCCUGACGGCCUGUACACAGUCAUGUUGGCGUGUUGGGACCCGGAGCCGGAGUGCAGACCCUCGUUCCACAGCCUGGUGACCGAGGUCCAGCACAUCCUGUCCUGUCUGGAGGGAGAACACUACAUCAGUCUGAAGGUGACCUACGUCAACCUGGACCACAAGAGACCCUACCCUUCUCUGACCGGGUCUGCGGAUGAGGCCGAGGCCUCGGACACUGACACAGACGUUCGUGCGGCCAGCUGAGGCCUGUGGCUCCGUGACGGGAUCAGCGCGCCUCUGCACCGGGGAUCGAACCUCCAAACGGCGGCUGUGGAGAGUGAGGACGCUGUAGGUACGACAAACUCUUCACUGAGUUCACUGCACACGGGAACUUCCCCAGUCUGGGUACAACGUUACGUUGGUAGAGUUGCCGAGACAACAGUGGAGGGGAGCGUG